AUGGGAGACAACAUGUCCAAAAGAUUGAAAUUAGUGUCGGCUACGGAAGCGGAGAUGGAGGAAAGAUCUUUUAUCAACCCAUACCCCGACUGGGACCAAGGAGUCUUCACAUCUUCCAAUUCAGGAAUGGACAGUGACUGCAACGAGCCUUUCGGCGAAAAUGGAAAGAUCAGCGAGGCGUUCCAGAAGAAGGUGCAGAACAAGAUCAAGGACCUGCUGCAGCAGAUGGAGGAGGGCCUGAAGACGGCCGACCCCCACGACUUCUCCACCUAUACGGGCUGGACAGGUAUCGCCCUUCUCUACCUGCAGUUGCACCGGGUGACCUGCGAGGCCUCCCACCUCCAGAGGGCGCUGGACUAUGUGAAGAGGACCCUGAGGAUCCUGAACGGUCGCAAGGUCACCUUCCUGUGUGGGGAUGCAGGGCCACUGGCCGUGGCUGCUGUGGUGCACCACCGCCUCAAAAACCAGACAGAGAGUCAGGAGUGCCUCACCAAGUUGCUCCAGCUGCAGCGUGGAGUGGUGUCUGCGGACUCUGAGAUGCCGGAUGAGCUGCUGUACGGACGGGCCGGCUACCUGUACGCCCUGCUCUAUGUCAACAAGGAGAUAGGACCAGACACUGUGGAUGAGACCACCAUCGCCAGGGUUGUGACGGCCAUCUUGGAGUCGGGGAAGAACAUGGCCAAAGAGGAGAAGAAGGCGGAGAAGUGCCCACUGCUCUACGAGUGGCACAAGAAGCAGUACGUUGGCGCCGCCCAUGGUCUGGCGGGCAUCUACUGUAUGCUGAUGCAGCCCAGUGCUAAAGUGAACCAGGAAGUCCUGUCUGAGUUGGUGCGGCCCAGUGUGGACUACGUCCGCCACAAAAAGUUCCGCUCUGGGAACUACCCGUCGUCGCUAAGCAACGAGACGGACCGGCUGGUGCACUGGUGCCACGGGGCGCCAGGAGUGGUGCACAUGCUCAUCAUGGCACACAAGGUGUUUAAGGAUGAGAAGUACCUGAAGGAUGCUGUGGAGUGUGGGGAGGUGAUCUGGCAGAGAGGCCUGCUGAGGAAAGGUUACGGUAUCUGUCACGGCACGGCGGGCAACGCCUACUCCUUCCUCACCCUCUACCAGCUCACCCAGGAGAAGAAGUACCUCUACCGCGCCUGCAAGUUUGCUGAGUGGUGUCUGGACUACGGAACCCACGGCUGCAGAAUCCCAGACAGACCGUACUCUCUGUUUGAAGGUAUGGCCGGGGCUAUCCACUACCUGUCAGAUUUAACCCAGCCUGAGUCUUCCUGCUUCCCUGCAUUUGAACUUUAACCUUUGGGUCGUAGACAGACCUCACCCCCCUUCCAUUCUGAACAUUUGGGAGAGUGCGAUGAGCAGGGCUUUUGGAUGAGGGGGUUUGGGGUGUGAUGGACCCCCGGCGUCUUGACGAAGGGAACCCUCAGCCCUGAACUGCAACCUGGGGAGGGAUGUUGUUCCCCGCUCCGGUUUUUCAGACACAUGGACGGAGGAAAAACACCCCAAAGCCCUGGGCCUUUAACUCUGUAAACGCUAUGUGUGUUGGGGUUUUGUUGUGAAUGGGAAGAAAAUGCUGUUUUGUUCGUGGAUCUUUGCCUCUGCAUGCCUAUCCAGAUCUCCUUCUCUGUAUGCGAUCUCUAAUCCUUGUCCCACACCAGUUUUUAGUGCUACUCCCUCUUCCCUAGAGACUAAUCAUCUUUGCAUGGGGACAUCAGAAAACAUGUAUUAGCCUUGGAAUGUGCGUGUCAGUCAAAUGUUAAUGUCUAACAGUAAAUUGGUGUGGCUUUUUGUAUGUCACUGUGCUUUGACCUUUUCCCGUGGAUAUUGUUUCCCUCAGGCGAACAGUGUUACAUUGUGAAUGUGUACAAUAAACCGGGCUUCGAUUGUUGA